GGCUGUGGUCUGGUUGACAUGGUGGUGUACAGUUAAUAGGUUGGAGGUUAUAGGUUCAUUUAUAGGUCAGAGACCUUUCCCAGCCUAACUGAUUCUGUGAUCUUCCAAACUUCUAGCCGGCCAGACGGCCAGAAAACCACAGGAGUGCUUCCCUGCCAGACCCUUCUGGCUCUCCUGCAGAGGCGCUGCCUCCGGGCAGCACUGUGAGGCCAGGGGGUUUUCUGAGCGGGGCGGGGGAGGGACAUCACUGUCUCCCCUGGUCCCUGGGCUCCCAGAAGGGCAGUCCGGCUGCUGUCCUCCCGCCGCAGGAGCCGGCCAGGCCGGAUCACUCCGGGCCCCGCCAUGUCCGUCCGGCCCGCGGGCGGUGCCCAUGACCGGCGGCCGCCCCGCGCAUGCGGCCAGCCCUGCCUACAACUCCCGGCCGCCUUCGCACAGCGAGGGCGGGAUUUUCCUCUUCUUUCUUGGUUUGACUUUUUUUUUUUCUUUUUUUUUUUUUUUUUCCUCCCCUCCCCUCGGAGGGGGAAGGAUGGGUGGGGAAAGCGAGCGUUCACGAAAGCGAGGCGAGGAGGAAUCCCACAAUACCAGGCGGGUUGCGAGCCCGGCGCUGCCGCUGUCUCUUUAAUGCAAGAGGAAGCGAUGCGGAGGGGUGGAAAAUGGCAGAGUUGCAGAUGUUGCUAGAGGAGGAAAUCCCUUCUGGCAAGCGGGCUUUGCUCGAGAGCUACCAGAACCUCACUCGAGUCGCCGACUACUGCGAAAACAACUACAUCCAGGCUCCAGAUAAAAGGAAAGCAUUAGAAGAGACCAAAGCCUACACAACUCAGUCUCUAGCCAGUGUUGCUUAUCAGAUCAAUGCACUGGCCAACAAUGUAUUGCAACUGCUGGACAUCCAAGCGUCCCAGCUACGGAGGAUGGAGUCCUCCAUCAACCAUAUCUCCCAGACUGUGGACAUCCAUAAAGAAAAGGUCGCUCGCAGAGAGAUAGGCAUUUUGACGACCAAUAAGAACACAUCAAGAACUCACAAAAUUAUAGCACCAGCGAACAUGGAACGUCCUGUAAGGUAUAUUCGAAAACCUAUAGACUACACGGUGCUGGAUGAUGUUGGCCAUGGCGUAAAGUGGCUAAAAGCCAAGCAUGGAAAUAACCAGCCUGCAAGAACUGGCACCUUGUCAAGAACAAAUCCGCCUACACAAAAACCACCAAGUCCUCCCAUGUCAGGCCGGGGAACUCUGGGACGAAAUACUCCUUACAAAACCCUGGAGCCAGUCAAACCGCCAACAGUCCCGAAUGAUUACAUGACCAGCCCUGCCAGGCUGGGCAGUCAGCACAGUCCAGGAAGGACAGCUUCCUUGAACCAGAGACCACGAACACACAGUGGCAGUAGUGGAGGAAGUGGCAGUCGAGAGAACAGUGGAAGCAGCAGUAUUGGCAUUCCCAUUGCCGUGCCUACACCGUCACCACCAACCAUCGGGCCAGCCCACAUUUCUGUUCCUCCUGGAGUGCCGCCAGCACCACCACUGCCUCCACCUCUCCCGAUGGGCAGUCUGAUAGCUGCUCCUGGUUCAGCUCCUGGUUCCCAGUAUGGCACAAUGACCAGGCAAAUCUCGCGACACAACUCUACCACUUCUUCAGCAUCUUCUGGUGGAUACAGACGGAAUCCUUCUGUGACUGCCCCAUUUUCUGCUCAACCUCAUGUUAAUGGCGGGCCUCUUUAUUCUCAAAAUUCAAUUUCUAUUGCUCCACCCCCUCCCCCUAUGCCUCAGUUGACUCCACAGAUACCUCUCACAGGCUUCGUGGCCAGGGUGCAGGAAAACAUUGCUGAUAGCCCAACUCCUCCCCCGCCGCCACCUCCGGAUGAGAUGCCGAUGUUUGAUGACUCUCCUCCUCCUCCACCCCCACCCCCCGUGGAUUAUGAGGAUGAGGAAGCUGCUGUUGUGCAGUACAGCGAUCCCUAUGCAGAUGGAGAUCCUGCUUGGGCACCUAAAAACUACAUAGAGAAAGUUGUUGCUAUAUAUGAUUAUACAAAGGACAAAGAUGAUGAGCUGUCGUUUAUGGAGGGUGCAAUCAUUUAUGUGAUAAAGAAGAACGAUGAUGGCUGGUAUGAAGGAGUUUGCAAUCGAGUAACUGGCUUGUUUCCUGGGAAUUAUGUUGAAUCAAUCAUGCACUAUGCCGAUUAAAAUCCUUUGCUUUUCAAAGUUUGGUCUUGUAUUCAAGUCAUACCAUGAUUAUUUACAAGGGGUGACUAAAAGCUAACAGAAUUGUCUUAAUAUACUUUCAAAAAAUUGUGCCCAUUUCUUCAGGCCAUACUGUUUUAAUGGUAUGAUUGAAUGUCCAUCUCUUGAGUCUCUGGGGACAGUAUGUCUUACCUGAUGACAAUUUGUAAAACAAGCAACUGUCUAUAACUGGUUAUACUUAUUUACUUAUGCAUUGUUAAUUUUAUGACCAGCCUAAAUAUUAUGGGGAAGUAGGGUAUAAUAUUUAAUGAACCAUGAUCAGAUUGUGCCAUUACAUUUUUCAGUACAGCAUGGUAACUAACACUACGUUAGACUAACAUAUUAAAACCUGGAUGAGAAGUUUAAUGUUAGUGCUGGUCAUACUAUUUUUUGUUUAGAUUCUUUGCUCAUUCUUGAACUAUAUUUGUUUAAAGCAUGCAUACAAACUUAUGUAUUGAAAUAUACUUUUUUAAAAAUCCAAGAUGCUUCCAAUUGUUGUAAUCUUUACCUAGAGUAUUCUCACUGAAGUCUAUUACAAUGAGUUGUUUGGGUCUAAGGUGUCCAUGUGAUUCAAAAAAAUGGGUGGUCUUAUGUAUGUGUAAUUUGUACCCAAGUUUUUUUAAUGAGUAAAUUUACAUUAUGACUUUUUCCAUUCAUAAAUAUAUAAGUGAACCAAAGGUCUUGUCCAUUACUUUGUUGGUUGGUUUG